AUGAAAGUUGUAGCAGCAACAUGUGAAACUGUAGCUGAGGCGUUGUGCGAACUACAAAUGACGCCAGUAGGCAAUGCAUCGAAAGUCGUUGACGAUCGUAGGCAAAUUAGCGCGACGCGACGCUUAGGAAUCAGCGAGCGGAAACAUAGCAUAGAGCUAGAAGGAUUACCGCAAAAGGCUGAUAUUGUAGGAAAACACACCUAUUUCCAUGAGGAAAAACAAUCCAGUGAUCACCGUGAGUACGGCAACGAGGAGACCAUGCACACGCUGUCUAUGUCCAGAAUAGAAGGACCUAAAAGUAAGAAAGAACUCAAUGAAGUAACUAGAAAAAUUGCGAAAACGUUGUCAUUAGAACAGAACCUUCAUGCAGCAACUGAAGACAUUGCAGAGAUCGGAUCAAUGAGUGUCGGCUGUCUCAAGGCUACUUCAGACGAGGGAACCAAUUUAGAUCAGCAAAUAACUCAGAGUGAACAGGAACUUGGGACUAACCGCCAGUUUCACUCAAUCCAUAAUCAAGCACUGUCCUCACAGUCCUACAAAGAGUUUGUUUCCGAAGUCCAAGGACUUACGACUCAAUGGGACAUCAUUGAAACUGACCAAACAGCACUUAUAUGUUGGAAGGACGCAGAUCAACAGUCAUCAGAGCUCUACACGAAGGCCGUAGCGGACCUAGAUGUAGGAACGACCUUAGAUCUCACAGUGAGACGACCAGCACGUCAUGGAAAUUUGGAGAUACCAUUGAAUAUACAGGAUUCGGCUGCUCUACAGCUGAGCGUCGAUGAGGCUCGAAAAAGCUUCUCUCUCCAAAGAAGCUCUUCGGUGUCUCAUACCAUGCAUACAGCUGCAGAUGUGGCGACGUUGAAGAAUCGUGGAUUGUUCCAUGAAUUUGGAGACGACGGCGUAACAACUUUCGUAACCCUCGGAAGGCUUCAAGUAAAACAAGUUUCUCAAGAGGAAACUGCCAAGAGUAUGCCAGAUAUGAGGAAUUUUGUCCAAAUUCAUUCUACACUAGCUUCCAAGGAUAUCUCAACUUCAACGGACUGUCUCAUCCAAAAGGAAGAUGCGAAGGAAAACAGAUUGAAAUUGAUCACCGCUGUAAACCAAGAGCAGCUUCAUAAAAGUCUACUUGCAGCAAAAAAUGCAGAAUUGAGCUCAACUUUAAAGCUCCAAAAGGAAAAACGAGAACGAAGAAUCGUCCAGAAAAAACACGAGAUCGAGGAAGUUGAACGCUCCAACCCUACUGCACGUCAGUGGCUCGAACAAUUGAAAUGCAAUGAGUCGGGUGAUAGACGAGUGGAAGUUAUGGUAAAACUUCAAAAGAUUUCAAAACCAUCGGAGGCUGAGAGAAUUGUAGAAAUGGUGAAUGACAGCAAUGUUUUGCUGAACCUAAAAGCAAGCACAUCUGAAGCGGCCACUACCUCGUCUCUUUACUCCAAAUCAGGGCACAAGGAGGAUGCAACAAUCAAGCUCCAGCCUUGUACAAAGGAAAGAGCUGAAAAGAAGCUUUUAGCACAAGAGUGGAACCUCCAGUCAAUAUCAUCUGAGUGGCAAACCAUUUUAAGCGAUUUAGAAGCUGAGAUCACCAAGGCAGAGGCACUAGGUGCACGUUAUGAUUUUAUAACGAAAGGUUCUUCAACGAUAGAUGCAACUAGCGAGCAGCAGAUCUGUAAGGAGCAAACAACAGCUGGUAUAAUGAAAUCCAUUUCCACGGCUAGUAUUGAAAAGGAGCUACGAUCGUUCUCCAUCGAUCACGAGCACCGUGUUCUUCAGAUCGAGAACCUAAGUAAGGACUUUGAAGAAAUAGAACAGCUAGUAGAUGAAAUCAACAGAGAGUCUGGUAUCCGGAGAUCGUUCAGAGAAUAUGGUCGUGCUGAAUGCGACAGCGGAAUCACCCUGAUACGACGAACUUUACCUAAGUCUAAAGAGACUUGUAAUCAUAUCGUGAGCAUUUCCGCUUCAUUACAGCAAGUUUUUGCCACUCAAGCUGCUAGUGAUGAGAGCCGUGAGGCCAUUGUAGCUGUUGUAUCAUCGAUCCCAACAAUGAGUGCAGAAAUAGUGCCAAAGAUUCGUAGAAAAGAAGAAGUGAGACUCUGUACGAGACAUGCAACAGAUAUCACCGCUAGUACAACAGCAGAUUACUACAGUUGUAAUGACAGAAACUCAGAAAUAGUGAUAAAAAGGACGCACUUCAUGAAAGAAAAGAGUAGUGAACGACUUCGAGAAGUUGGGGAUGGAAUGGUAGAAAUCUUAUCAAAGUGGGAAGGUGUCGAGCGAGAUCUUGAAACAGAGGUAUCUUUACCGAAAAAGUUGGACAUAAAGUUUAGUCUUGCCACAUUCGAGACAUCUGAAGAGGUUCAGACUUUGACAAAGGUAAUGAUUCUACCCGACGAGUCACUACAUACCACUGUCAUGCAACGAGUUGUUCCGCUUGUUACUAUAUCUAGACAGUUUUCUAUGGAAGAGCGUAUUGAACAGUCAACAUUUAACAAAAGAGCAAGCGAAAAUUUCAUCACUGAGACUGUGCUUCCCCAAAAACUGUUUAGGAAGGAGUCAUGGAGAUUGAAGGAAUGCGGUGAUGCCAAAUUCUUUGCCGUGAUUAACUUGCACAAAUUUGAUUUGAAAAAACCGACACAAAUACGAGAGAUAUGUCUUCAAGACAAGAUCUGCAUUUCAGCACAACCUCUUUACAUCAAGGCACAUGCAGUGGAGAGCGACGUUGUCUGGAGCAGCCAUAAUAUAUCGAAGACGCCAGAGCAAUACACCGUCGCGAAUAUCAUCGCACCCACAAAGCAUUUUGGAGGCAAUUACUACCUCCAAACAAAAUCACCUACGACAGAGGACAAAAUGGCUGUAAUAACAUUAACACAGAGGGUUCAAAUGGAAGCUAUUCAUCAUAAGCAGAUACAACGAAGUCGGUUAGAAGCCAGUUCAACAAUCAGCGCAGCUACCACUGAAGCCAUCACAGUGGACUUUAGCUAUGAGAAAACAAUGCAAAUGGAAGGCACAAGUACUACCACAGCUUGUGCGAAUGACUUGAUUCCUCACGAAGCUCGUUUCAUAGAGAGUUUGCAAGAAUUCGCAAAUACUUAUUUCAGCUUCGUUAGCAAGGAAGCACGCUGUGUUAUCGAUAAGACGAAAGAAAUUCCUCGAAAACAUGAGGAAAUUUUACUUGCCUGUGAUGUUGCCGAAGAUAUCCGUGUUGAAUCAAACCCGUAUGUGACCAGAGAAGCAGAAUUUGCUGUGGCUUCACUCGUUGUUAGAGACACUAACAAAACUGAACCAGCAUCAGUUAGAACUUCCGCAGCUACCUGUGUGUUGAUAAGCUUCGCCACAUGUUAUGCCAGAGUGGAUGAGAAAGAGAUUUUCACACUAAUUUAUAAGGAUGUGAACCGUGGGUCAAACACAGUGGUUACGGUCAGAGAGUGUCGUGAUGAGAAGCACACCGUCUAUCAACAAUAUGAAAAAGAAUCAAUGAAAGAAAACAUCAUGAAGACAUACGCGAUCCCAUGGUUCGGAGGGAAAUUCCAGCUGAGAACCGAUGCCUCGGAGGAGCACGAGUUCACCGUCACCAGAGAAUUGCAGAAGGUGCGAGAAGUUGUGAUGCAUUGUGAAAGGAGAGUGGUGAUUGCACAUAUCACAUCUCCUCAACAUUUAACUUCAAAGGCUAGCAUUAGUGAGACUAUGACAAUAGACCGAGUAUGGAAACGUGACGAUAUCUAUUACUCUACCUCGAAGCAAGUUGUAGCCAAAAACUCAGAAAGCGCUAAAAUGAGAGUGGAAGAAAGCGUGGAAUUCGUAGAAAAUAUCCAUCCAGUAUUUAACAAAACCAACGACAAAUUUGAUUUAGAUCAAACGAUCUUCAUUGCAAGGCAUGGAGGAAGAUACGCAUUAAAAACAAAGGCAAUCAGUGAACUGUCGAGGACCAUCGAUGUUGAUGCUGUCAAACCAGUUGUCACUGAGUAUGACGCAAACACCACCAUUAUUGUCGCUAACACAAGCGCACCAAUCGAACUGCAUGCAUAUUCGUCGCAAACCGCUCAUUUAGAUAUCAGCAGGGGCCUAAGUCGCCUUUCAGAUAUGGAGGUUGCUCAAAAGAUUUUUGCGGCUCCAAACAGAGGUGUCGCAACAACUUUCGUUGCAAUGGAAUCUGCGGAAAUAUCAGUGAUUUCGACAGCGAACCUUCGACGCAUUGAUGCAUUGCUUCGUGAAGCGAUAUUAGUCAACGAGAAGCGAUACGGAGGAGCCGCAACUCUCUCCACCAAAGCCUCAAGUACUGCCUCUUCUACAAUGGCGGGCACACUACUUUGUCCAAGAUCAACUGAUUUAUCUGCUUCUAAAGUGGUAGUUAUAGGCAACGGCGUGACCCCAGCUAAACUCUCCACGUUGGCAAGCUCGUCUGAAACACGUGUUGUUGAUAGGCAAUGGACCCGGCAAGCAUCCCAAUACACAAUUUCUAAGAAACUGGCUGCGCCUAACAUUACUUCUGGUUCGGCUACUUUCAAGGAAGCUGGAGAUAACUAUGAAGUGAUGAAUUGUACUUGCAGGCGCGACGCAGAUAAGGAGGAAAUUGAGAAAACCGUUAAAGAGAAGAGAAAAGGUGGCGCGGUAUCAUUAAACACCAAGUAUAGCCGUGAGUGCUCAUCUGAUUCCGAUGGCACGCUGGUUGCUGCCACACGUUUAGCACUCGUGCAUGCCGAAAAAAUCGUGUUUAUUGCAAAUAAAGCGCCUGGAAGUUCUCUGUCGACCUACGCCUCGAGCUUUGAAAGUCGAGCGGUUAACGAGGUUUGGAAAAGGCCUGAAAGUCACGAGAUAAGAGAAAUUGUUCUUAAGGAGCCCCAUACUGGUGAACAUACAAAAGUGCGAGUUAGUGAAACAAGUGAUGUCGUCGAAAACAUCAUACUUCAGUUACACAAAAAGAACAGCAAAGAAGACACAGCUUCUACUAAAUUCACUGCAUUCACAGUUGCACCGAGCACUUUGUCAUGCAAAGCUUCAGGAGAAUCACUCGCCAUCGUCGAAUCAGCGCUUCAGAGCAUAGAAACAUUCGACUUCGAUGCUCUGAUCGUUAUCGCUGUUCGAAACACUGUCGAAAAUCCUAUUCUCAUUUGCGAAUGCUCCAAGGAAGCGUCAACUUCUGGCAUUUUCGGCCUCAAUCGAGUAGGUGAUGCUCAAUCAGUUAAAGAGAUGAAGGAGGCGGCUAAUAGUACUCCAGGCGUAAUGAAAGAAAUGCGCGAAUCUCAGCUUGUUUCUGAAAGUACUAAUUUAUCUUAUGAACGCGAUGAGAGUACAAUGUCCAUUUCAGAGACAUUCCUUAUUCCUAGAGAGGGCGGCAAAUUCCUACUUUCUACUGCUCAUGCUGGUCAAGAAACGGUACUAGUUAACGCCGAAUGGAUAAAGAAACGAAUAGAUCUUUUGGAUGUCACAUUCUGUAAGCUUCUUCGCAAUGAGAGAGAACCUGUGGAGGUGUUCGCUUGCGCUACUAAAGAUUCCGCUAUUGCUGUCACUUGUCAAUUGCAAAAAAGUUCCCAAUUUGAAGGAUCCUCAACGAAGAGGGAUACGCAAAGGCUAGGUGAACCAGUCACCAUGUCCACCUACGAAUCUACUUUUGUGGAGGAACUUGUAAACAUCUAUCUUCGCCAUGAAAUAAAUCAUCAUGAAGUAGAAAACGUCAGGAGAGUGGCUGCUUACGGUGGUGCUGUGGAAGUGAAUACUGGCUGCUCUGAAGAGAAUCAUAUUGCUAUCACUUCUCAGUUCACAAGGUUAGACGAUAAAGGUGUCUCUGAAAUUAAGAAGGUGGUUAAGAGAGAAGAAACUGUUGACAUGUCACUGAAGGCAGCGUUAGAAGAGAUUGUUGGUUGUGCGUUUGUAUUCGAUUGUGGCCGUUCUUCAGAAGAAUCGUCUUUGGUUACAAAAACUGCAUCAAAUACUGCAGAACCGAUUUUGCACAACUUUAAAGAAGCUGGUGAAAAUGUUAUCGCUGCAAUUUAUGCACUUCACAAGGAGUCAAGUAGUGCGUUCGAAGAAUCAAUCUUGAAGGAACAGAGAUAUGGAGGCGGAGCAGCACUUAAUUGUCAAGCAGCCAAAGAUGUUUCGCUUACGGCUAAUAAAGACGUGCUGUGUAGGAGAGUUGCUGCAGAAGACGUAACAGCUACCAGAUCCAUGGCGAGUAUUGGUGAACCUAUAGGACUCGUAUCCAAAUGUAGUGAAGAAACCAUAUUCCAUCUGAACUACAGCUAUCAGAAACAACCGACAGAUAUUCUGACGACAUUUGUAGGUUCAGAGUUGUGCAAGGAUUCAGGUUUGCAUGUCGACAUGCAGGCCUCGCGCGAUGAAUCGGUUAAUACAGAACAAUUGUCAAUGAGUGCGCGUAUGGUGGAGGUGGAAGUAGAGGGCGUCGUAAAGCGUCCUUCGCGCGAGACUUCAUCCGUUUUACUACAUACAGAGUCGGUAUCAGAAUCGAUGAUACACGUCGAACAGGUUCUGGAAAAGGUGCACCUGCGCGUCGACGAGACGGUUGUGGACGAGUCAGAAGAACGCAGGAAAGAAGAAAAGCGGGUCAGCUUUGCUUCGGAGGUUACUGAAAAAACGAUGGAGAUGAUCGAUCAUAGUCUCGACCUGAAUAUGUCAAUGACCAUAGAGCCAGCGUUUCAAAAGCCGUCAAUUAUUAAGAAACCGAUGAAGAAGGAACGUGAACAUCGUCAUCGUGAACUGAAGCGUAACGAAGCCGCUCCUAUGCGACGAAACAGUCUUCUACAAGCACUGGCUAUGGGCAGUCCGCACAAUAUUCCACAUUUCAAAACUCUUCAGGAUAUCAUUCGCGCAAUUAAGCAUGCAGGCCUCGAAUAUUCCAACCUUAUCUUCGGCAUUGACUACACAAAGUCCAACUGUUAUCAAGGAGAGCGAACGUUUGACGGUCGUACACUGCAUUACUUAGAUCCGAGUGGCGAGUUGAAUCCGUACCAACAGGUGAUUGAAAUUGUCGGCAAGACACUUUCGUCAUUCGAUGCUGACGGGAUGAUACCCGCUUAUGGAUUUGGUGAUGAGGAGUUCACUGACAAAGGAAUAUUCAACAUUGCUGAUCGUUACAACCUAGACAAAGACUGUAACGGUUUUGAAGAGGUGUUGAGAAUCUACAACGAAGUCACACCAAAAGUGAUGAUGAGCGGACCAACAAACUUCGUUCCAUUGAUAGAAAGAGCGGUGGAUAUUUGUAAGGAGAAGCACUCUUACCACAUCUUGGUGAUCGUCGCUGAUGGCCAAGUGACGAACGAGAAAAUAAAUCAGAAGGCUAUCGCGGCCGCUUCACACUAUCCACUCAGUAUUAUUAUGGUGGGCGUUGGUGACGGACCAUGGAAUAUGAUGGGACGCUUCGACGAAAACAUUCCGAAACGAUUAUUCGACAAUUUUCACUUUGUUGAUUUCCAUAAGGUAAUGUUCAACGCACCAAAUCCAGAAGCAUCAUUCGCAUUAAACGCUCUCAUGGAAAUUCCGGAUCAAUACAAAGCAAUCAAGGAGCUCGGGCUGUUAAAGCACAGUCGAAGAGGAUAA